UUUAGUCUGGGUAUAGUGAGCAGGAAACAGGAGGGAAAACAUCAGCUCUCUUGCUGUGAGUUCUCUGGGCAAUAACCUGCUCCAUUCAUACAUACUUAGUACUUGGCAGGCCUGCAGGGUAAAGUCUGUUUAAUGUCCGGUCAUGAUUCAGAACUAAUUGUGACAUUUUCAGGUUCAUUUCAGGGUUGCAGCGCAUGUGUGAGAGCACUUUCAGAUUAAAUACAGUAAGAACUAAACAUGCACACUGAUGAUUAUUAAAUUUAACAUCAUUUGUGAUUUAACAAAUUUUACUGCUCAGAGCUAGCUGUUCACAUUCACAUAACUUCAUCUGAUAACCAACGCUUAACAAUUAAUUUUUUGUUGGUCUGUAUUGUGUUAACACAAAUUGUCUCUGCAGCCACAGUUUUAACUCUUAUAUUUCCUGGAGAGAGACAGUGUUUUUAUUUUUACAUCUGGGUGUUUUUCUGCUGCUGUGGUGUGUGAUUCAAGGUUUCACAUCUCAUAUAGCAGAAAUUACAUAUCUCUCCACUGACUGUCUCGAUUAAAUACAAAUAUACAAUAAAUAUACUAAUAAAUAUUAUUUAAAUAUACAUUCACUGAGCACAUUAUUAGGAACACCAUCUUAAUAUUAAGCACUUCCCUUCCUUUGCUCUUAAAACAGCAUGUCCACGUUGAGAUCAUUGUAUUGCAUUAAUCUGCAGAUUUUGUCUUUUGCACAUUGAUGCUGCCCACUUCCUGUUCUACCAUAUCUAAAAGUUGUUCCACUGGAUUCAGAUGUGUGAGAACUGGUUUGAGACAAGUUUCGGGUUGUGACAUGGUGAAUUCUCAUGAUUCAUCGACGAAUACUCAGAUAGGCUGUAACAUUCAAACUCAAUUAUUUGAUAUAGUGGCCCAAAGUCAGCCAAGAAAACAUUACAGUGAUAAAUCAUCUGUUCACAACAGGUUGAUGGCUCACUGUUGGCCAUGAUAAAUGAAUGCUGAUUGGAGAAAAGAGACGUGGAAAUAAAGUGUAGAAGCCAGCUUUGUGUAAUCAGGUGAUUGUAACCUGGGAUGUGGGCGGGUCCGAUGUGUGUCUCGGUCACAUCUGGUGAAACGCAGCAGCUGCUGGGGUCUGAUCUGACGGACAGGUGGGAAGUCAGAAGUCUUCCAGUGUGGAUGCCAUAACUGUCACCAGGGGUCACAGGUUGAGGAUGAAUCGAGGUGUCGAGGUUCAGGAUGAAUCAGACCGUGGCAGAGGGGAAAACUAUGAGAGCGAGUUGGAGAACAGAGAAGUGACUGCUGAUCAGAGGAAAUGGAUCCGCCCUGAUUUGCCCAGCAGAUGUACCUGGAGGCUGGGUGCACCUUUGUCAGAGUCACCUCAUAGUCACCCAGAACGCACCAAGGCCCCCAGCAUCCUCCCCAACAUCCUCUGGAAAAUUGGACACACACCUCUGGUUCGUUUGAACAAAAUCCCAAAGGAGUUUGGACUCAAGUGUGACAUCUUGGCCAAGUGUGAGUUCUUCAACGCUGGAGGAAGUGUGAAAGACAGGAUCGCCCUGCGGAUGGUGGAGGACGCCGAGAGAGCUGGGAUCCUCAAACCAGGAGACACGAUCAUUGAGCCCACGUCUGGAAACACAGGUAUUGGCCUCGCCCUCACGGCUGCAGUGAAAGGCUAUCGCUGCAUUAUCACCAUGCCCGAGAAGAUGAGCAUGGAAAAGGUGGAUGUGUUGAGAGCUCUCGGGGUAGAGAUUGUGCGUACACCUACAUCUGCAGCUUUUGAUACACCAGAGUCCCAUAUAGGUACCGCCUGGGGUCUAAAGAAUGAGAUCCCCAACUCGCACAUCCUUGACCAGUACCGAAAUGCCAGCAACCCCCUGGCUCACUACGAUACCACAGCUGAGGAGAUACUGGAGCAGUGUGAUGGUAAACUGGACAUGUUGGUGGCUGGAGCUGGCACAGGCGGUACACUCACAGGUGUUGCUCGCAAGCUGAAGGAGAGAUGUCCCAAUGUCAAGAUAGUUGGUGUGGACCCUGAGGGAUCCAUUCUGGUUGAAUCAAAAGAGAAGAAUGAAAAGAAGGUUUCAUUUGAAGUGGAGGGCAUUGGAUACGACUUCAUCCCUACAGUUCUGGACAGAUCUCUUGUCGACAUGUGGUAUAAGUCAACCGAUGUGGAGACGUUCACCAUGUCACGCAAGCUGAUCAGAGAGGAGGGUCUUUUGUGUGGCGGCAGCUCCGGCUCAGCCGUGGCAGCAGCAGUGAGGAUGGCUCAGCAGCUUGAGGAGGGACAGCGCUGUGUGGUCAUUCUGGCCGACUCUGUCCGCAACUACAUGUCAAAGUUCCUGAGUGAUGAGUGGAUGUGUGAGAAGGGCUUCCUCAGCCUGGAGGCACAGAUGGACCAUGAACCCUGGUGGUGGAACCUGACUGUCCAGAGUUUACACCUGUCUGCCCCCCUCACCGUCUCGCCAUCUCUGUCCUGCCAGAAAACUAUUGAGAUCCUUAGGGAGAAAGCAUUCGAUCAGGC